UUUUUUUUUUUUCUAAUUUUUUUUUUCUCUUUGCUGCGGGAUUUCAAAGAUGGCUGCUUGUUUUGGCUGGGCUGGGUACCUCGCUGGGUGCGUUGAGUGAAGUUUUGUUGUGGUGUUGUGCGAGCGAUUUCUUUUGAGAAAACGGUUGCUGAGUCGACGGCUGUGCUGUGCCUGCGCGGAGCUUGAAAGGAUGGAGGGCUGGGAGCGGAGGUAGCGGCGGAGCCGGCUACCGCCAUGUCGGUGGAGCUGGGGCUGCGGGUGGUGCGGGGCCCCGACUGGAAGUGGGGCAACCAGGACAGCGGGGAGGGCCACGUGGGCACCCUGGUGGAGGUCGGCAAGGCUGGCAGCUCCUCCUCGCCCGACCGCACCGUGGUCGUGCAGUGGGACUCCGGCUCUCGCACCAACUACCGGGUUGGCUACCAGGGCUCCUACGACCUGCGGGUCUUCGACAACGCCCCCGUCGGUGUGAAGCACCCCAAUAUCAUCUGCGACGCAUGCCGCAAGCAGGGGAUCAGUGGGACGCGCUGGAAGUGUGCCCGCUGCUACGACUUCGACCUGUGCACCCAGUGCUACAUGGCGGACAAGCAUGACCUGACGCAUCCCUUUGUGCGCUUCGACACCACCGCUUCCACCGGGGUGGAAAUGCCUAAGAGGCAGGGAGCCGUCAAGAUUGCGGCGCGGGGCAUCUUUGUCGGAGCCAAGGUGGUGCGAGGUCCAGACUGGGACUGGGGCGCCCAGGACGGAGGGGAGGGCAAGACAGGCAAAGUGAUGGACAUCCGUGGCUGGGAGACAGAGUCCGGACGCAGCGUGGCCAGUGUCACCUGGUCGUCCGGCUCCACCAACGUCUACCGACUGGGGCACAAAGGAAAAGUGGACCUCAAGUACAUCCAGGACGCGCCGGGAGGCUUCUUCUACAGGGACCACCUGCCCAUCCUCGGCGUGGGGUCUGCAGUGGACCCCCAGGCUCCGAGGGCGGGGGCCCAGGCCCCGCUCCACUCGCAGUUCAGCGUAGGGGAUAGGGUGGAGGUCCUUUUGGACAUCGAGUCCCUCAAGAUCAUGCAGGACGGCCACGGGGGCUGGAACCCCAGGAUGUCCGAGGUGAUCGGGAAGAUCGGCACGGUUCACCGCGUGACGGACAGAGGGGACAUCAGAGUGCAGUACGAAGGCUCCAACAACAGGUGGACCUUCCACCCAGACGCUCUCACCAAGGUGGUGAUGUUCUCCGUUGGGGACAUGGUAAAGAUCUGUGAUGAUUUGCAGAGGUUGAAGGAGUGGCAGGUUGGCCAUGGGGAAUACAUUGAUGCCAUGAAAGGGUGCCUGGGCAAGCUGGGCAAGGUGACCAAGGUGUACACGGACGGGGACCUGAGGGUGAACGUGGACGGCCAGACGUGGACGUUCAACCCCUUGUGCGUGGUGCCCGUGCCCGGCUCGGCCACCGAGAUCAGCAACACCAUGACCGCCAACACGAGGGAGGAGCACGCCAACCCCCUGCUGAGCCACCUGCUAUCCGAGGGGGGCCAGCCAGUGGCUGGGGACACGGGUGCCCUGGACCGCCUGGUGCGGGAGGCUGCUCAGGGACACACGGACUUUGUCCGGGAACACCUGGCCAAGCACCCAGACAGGGUGAACCAGAAGAGCUCGGGGAAGACAGCCCUGCAGGUGGCGAGCCACCAGGGUCACCAGGAGAUUGUGGAACUCCUGCUGCAGUGCGCGGCUUCCGUCGAAGCGCAGGACGACGACGGCGACACCGCCCUCCACUAUGCCGCCUUUGGGAACCAGCCGGUGAUCAUGGAACAGCUGCUGAAGGCGGGUGCCCAUGUGAAUGCGGUGAACAAGGCCAAGUGCACGGCGCUGCACGUGGCCGUGAACAAGCAGCAUGCCAACUGUGUCCGGGUGCUGCUCAAGUUCCGUUCGAUCCUCAACGUCAACAUCCAGGACUCGUAUGGGGACACAGCCCUGCAUGACGCCAUAGGCAAGGACAACCUGGAGAUCAUCGACUUACUCAUCAACGUCCCCGAGGUGGACUUUUCCCUGAAGAACAAGAGGGGCUUCAACGUGCUGCACCACGCUGCACUCAAGGGGAAUAACUUCGCAACGGAACGCCUCCUUUCUCGAACGCGACAAAUAGUGGACAUAAAGAAAGACGACGGGUUUGCGGCCCUUCACCUGGCGGCGCUCAACGGCCAUUUCCUGGUUGUGGAAACCCUACUCAUUCAGGGCCAGUGCGAGGCGGACGUGCGCAACAACCGCAAGCAGACGCCCCUCCUGCUGGCGGUGAGCCAGGGCCACUGCGCCAUUGCGGAGCUGCUGCUGGGGGCGGGGGGAGCCCAGGUCAACGCGGAGGACGAGGACGCAGACACGGCCCUGCACUUGGCCCUGAUCAAGCGGUCGGCGAUCCGGCCGCAGGACUUGGACCCCGCCGAGGCACCAGUCAUCGCAGGGAUAGCGAGCCAGUUGGGUUCUUCGCCCCUGCCCGAAGUGGACGGCACCUUGGCCCUGGCCUGCUUCCUCGCCAAGGAGGGUGCAGACUUGAACAAGAGCAACCUGGUGGGCAGGACUCCCCUAGACCUGGCCGGCUCGCCCAUCGUGGCCGACCUGCUGCAGCACUGGAAGGCGCACAAGGAGAAGGCGGCGGCGGCCCUGGCGGCGGCAGCUGCGGCGGCUUCCGAGGCCGCGCCGGCCGAGGUGGUUCCGGGCAGCGAGUGCCAGAUCUGCCUCGAGGCUCUGGCGACCGUGGUGUUUGAGCCGUGCGGGCAUCGGGUGGCCUGCGAGGAGUGCUGCUCGCGCAUGAAGAAGUGCCUCAGCUGCCAGCAGAUCAUCGUCAAGAAGACCGACCCUGCGGGCAAGCCCCUGAUGUCGCGGGCCCGGCAGGCGAGCCUGGAGCGCCUGCGCUACCUGGAAUCCAAGGUGCAGGAGAUGGAGGAGUCGCAGGGCUGCUCCAUCUGCAUGGAGCGGCGCCGCAACGUGGCCUUCCUGUGCGGUCACGGUGCGUGCGCCCUGUGCGCCCAGACCCUGCGCACCUGCCACAUGUGCCGCAAGGCCAUCGCUAAGAAGAUCUACCUCUACUGAGCGGGGUCAACAUUUUGAGGUUGAGACAUUGAUCCUUGUGCGUCCAAGGCGACUGCUCCAAGUUCGAGUUUUCGGGAAAGACGCCCUUUCCCGUCUUUGACCGACUCUUUCGAGGGCCUCCAAAAGCCUGGCGUCUUGCGUCCAUGCACGGUGCAGCUCUGCCCCGUGGAAAGGGCACUCGAAGGCACUUGGAAGUCAGCAUUCCCGAAGCAAGUGGAAUUGAAACCGCCCAACCCAGGGAGGACAUAUCAGGAGGAGAGCAUCUCAUGCCGUGAUUGAGCCUCGACGUAAUAAGUCGAGAGACUGGCCACAGCCGUGUGCCAGUCUCUCGAAAGUGUUCCAAUUUGCGUGAUGUGCGAGUCUGUUUCCUCGAAGAAGCAGACCUUGUCGAGUGGUCAGAGUCUUGCACACUAGACAUUAUUGUGUCAACUGUUGGAAGACAUCCCGGUUUUUUCGCACACGUUCUGUGCAUAUACAGAGAAGUUUACAUCACAUUUUAACCUUCCGCAGUAGACACUACCAUUGACGUCAAAUUACUGUCGGCUCGUGGAUUCUUGUCGGAAAAGGUAGAUUUCACAUUUGUACAGUAACUCCCACGGCAUGUCGUGCAAACUAAGAUGUACAUUACCUCUAUGCUCAAAGAGUUGGUACACUUUUUGGUUUACACUUAGGUGGCUAAUACUACUAGCUAUGUGCACUGUCAUGUACUGGAUCGCAAGUUAGAGCUCAACACGUUACAAAAAGUGUGCAUGGACGACGCAAAGUGUUUUUGCGAGGUUUUCGCUCGAAUUAUAAUGGCUCACAUUUGGAGGGGAGCCACGAGCUCAACCUUGGUUGAUCCGUAAGGCAAAUACAAAGUUUUGGUGGUGUCAUAGAAGCACCUUUCCUUAUACAUGGUAUAUACCAGGGGUGACCAAACUGCAGCUUGCGAGCCGCAUGCAACUCUUCGCAGGUCCAAGUACGGCUCGCGGCUUUCUGGUAAGCGUGCCCCCGUUCGCCUCCUGUGUCCCCAAAACAAAGAGAGUUCUAGAAUUCAAAAAGAAACUCGGUCUUGACAGCCUUGUAGUACACUACGUACAUACAGCUGGAUUGCUUUUUGACACAUGGAUCUGUCCAGUGACCGCUUGUUUUAUUGUUUUAAAAAGAAUUUCGAAUUAUAUGCACAUAACUGGUGUUAGGGGCAGUGGCUGGCUAGCGAACCAUGCAUUCAUUUCUGCUUAGCGGUUGAAGAAACGUCCUGCUGCCUGGUGUCAUUUAUUGUAGUUGACAAUUAUAACUGUCCCGUUUGGAAAGGACUGUUCCCUCCAUAUUGUUUCUUGUUAAAAAUAGCCCCCCCCCCCCCCCCCCUACCCCUUCAUUUUUUUUUUCCUGCAUCUCUCUGAACUUUUGUAGUUUUGUCUGUGGCUCUAACCCCAUGUCCCUCUGGCUGCCCCUGGUAUAUACGGUAAAUGAUGCAAGGAACCUCUUGCUUAGACUAGACACUGCGAUCUGUGAUGCGAUUUUCUAGGAAAUCGGUAGCGUGCAGAAAUAGUGACUAGGCUCUACGCCGUUGCAGCAUACGGCAUCGUGAUGCUCAAGGGUCUUGGCGCUGCUGCUAGAGUUUUGAAAGCAGGUGGCGGAUUAACUGCAAGGUACACAGUAAUAUACAGGUUAACUACUGCAUGCCAGUGGAAGCCAGCUUCCUUUGAACCUGUAGCGCAGAUCUGAAUUCAUAUCCUAGUUGCUGAAGGCAUGUUUACAUUACCGAGACUGUAGGCCUUCUCGAGGCUUUGAGGGUUGGCCACGAAGGACAUGCCCCGUGCAGUGAGUCGAAUUAACUUCACGUCGAGAUUUCUGUGCAUGUUCAGUAGAGAGUGCAUUUUUUGUGAAAUAUACAUAAAGAAAAGUUAUUCCGUUGAUUACAAGUCGUUAAUUGAAAGACACACACGGCUUGGUUUAUGGAAUGCUGUUUGUUGCAAGGUGAUCACUGUAACAACACUUUUGCGCGAAGUUUCAUCUUGCUACAUUGAACACACUGCUCGACAGUUUGAUUUAAGAACCUUCAUUCGACGAAGCUCGUACAAUAUUACCAUCGGAGGAGUUACACUAGCGAUUUUCCAUUAGCCGAAGAGCAUUGACCAUAUCUCUCCUUUGAAUAGACCAGCAUAGCUUCUACGUCCGCCUAGAGAUUUUGUGCCGAGAUUCGCACCAACGAUUGGCACUCGCAGGGUCAUGCCCAAACUGUGAUCAGAGCCUUAGAGAUAAGUCCACAGGGGUGUCUAUUUUGCGUAACAUGGCCACGCCAUAGCAUGGAGUCUCGCUGCACUGGUCUCUUCAGUGUGGCACAUAGCUUAGAGAAGUAGUGACCAACAGGCCUUUGGAUACCACAUAUACACUUUUACGAUAGUGUUGCCCACGUCGGAAACCUUUUUUCCUGGGCCGUUCAACCUUGCAUUUGACGUCGAACUGAGCGCCUUAGUCGUGGCAUAGUCUAGAUUUAUUUCGCCGCAUUUGUGCCAAUGAUUUUUAACAAUGUCGCGCUUCCAAACCGAACAAAUGUGUUUCCGUCUUGGAUUUUCGAGACGCCACUUUUGAAUUGGCUACCGAUUAUAUACGUAACUUUUUUUGUUGUUUCUUUGCGACCAGUCCGUUAGAUUUGGUUGUUUACGUUGCUCUUCAACUAGUUUUAUGUAGCUUUUGUGAUUUUAUGGCAAGUUUCCUGUUUGUGUGUAAAGAGUAUUUGCUGCUGUAAAUCUUAACCUCAUCUCGAUAGUAUGCAUAAUUUGGAAGUGACAACGUCUCGCAAAGGAUUGUCACAAACACAAAGCACAACCUUUCGGUGCACUUGACUGCACCACCAGCGUUUCCUGAAACUUGUGAUACCUGUGCUAGCUGUAACACCCAGCCUACCACUCAGGCCCCCAGUGAACCACACACAGCCAGUUGUGUUGCAGUCGUGUUGGUUCUACCCUACAGCAGACAGUGUUUGUAUACCACAGUACUUACAUGACCCCGCUCCAUAAGAGAAAAAGCUCCGUCAAGUCGCGAGAAACAUUUUUUAGGACGUAAUAUCUCUUCCCUUGAGCCCUCACAAGUGUGUGUUUGCGUGUGUGUGCAUGUGUACUUAUAGUAUUUUUGUGAAACUGUCCUGUCAGGCACUAAUUUAAUAAAGUUUCAAAUUUACCCCUCA